AUGUCUAGCUCCAGCUUGCUACUCUCCCAGCACCACCAUGUGCCCUCCCCAUGCUAUUCAGAGAAUAGUUCAUUGAGCGCGUUGGGAAACAUUACCAGCUACAAGCGACUCAACAAGAUACCUGUGAUCAAAUCAUGUCAAAUUCAUCUAGGAAGCCUUGGUGUUUCUCUUCAGCUCAAGAUACCGCACUAUGACAUAGCUCCGAUUAAUUCUGGACUCCCUUGGGCUGCAAUUCAUGCUCAAGCUGAUUUCAAGGCAUCGAUCCAGCCCGAGAAAGCGGGUAACACCAAGGAGUUUUACGAAAGAUGCAACGCAGAGGUGGCUGCAGUCAAACUUUUCUUCCCAGAUGUUCAAUCAGAAGCCAUUCAAAUUUGCAUGGCUGCUUGGUUGGCCGCGAACUGCGUUGCAGAUGAUAUCCUUGAGAGUAUGCCUUUGGAAAUGGGCAUUCUGGCCUUGGAAGAAACAAUUGUGAUGCUGCAGAGAAGCAACGAACACAUUUCCCCUACCAAUAAGAUCGCGAGAAUUCACUCCCUCUUCCUGGACUUUUGCAUUCAGCAUCUCGAGAUCUCUGAGAAUGUCUCCCGCGAGCUCGAAGGUGAUAUCUGUGACAUGUGCCAAGGACUAUUAGACGAGCUCUUGUAUCGCCAAGGGUCAGUGCCAAAAACACUGGAAAACUAUCUACAGUUCCGUGGUCGAACCAUGGGUAUCCAUCCGUUCUUUACGCUUAUCCGCACCAUGCGCCGACCAAUCCGCAGUGAGUAUAUGGCUGCACUGCGAAAUUUGCAAAGUCGGGUCAGUCUAGUACUUGGGCUACAGAACGAUCUUGUGGGGCUGGAGAAGGAUCGUCAAAAUGGCGAACACAUGAACGCUGUACUGGUGUCGUUGCAGGAGAAAGAAGGGGCCAACAGGGAUCACCAGGAGUUUCUAUUACCUAGCACCAUCGAAGAUGUAUGUGGUAUCCACAAUCUAUGUUUGUCGGCUGCUGUGGAGAAGUACAACGAGAUCGCUCGAUUGAAUGGGGAAGUACAGGAGCCCGUCCAUGAAACGGCAAUUUUGGCGUUUGCAGACACCCAUCUGAAAUGGUGUGCAUCAUCGAAGAGAUACCAAGCCAAGGUUGAGUAG